AUGCAAUUUGCUGUUUUUCUCCUGUUCGGAAUUGUUGGACUGUCGGUCCAACAAUGUAAUAAUGUGAACCGUUGUUGUCGGGAAACCGCUCGCGGGUUUGAUUGCGCCUUGAAGAGGGAUCCAUGUUCCUGUAUUUCUCUGUGCGGGGUGGCAGACAACAAGAUUGUGGACAUUGGCCGCGCUACCCACAGAAUAUUUGCUUCAGAGAAAAUAAUUGUCCAUCAGCAGAGCUCCACAGCCUUUACAAGGAUGCCAUGUCAAGAACCGUCCAAUAGCCAUCGUGCGACCCAUGAGGCGGCAGCCAGUGAGACCAGCGCCACCGGAGGGGAUGAUCGUAGUUCAUCUCCCUCCGAGGACCCCGUCCCCUCCGGUGAGCCUGUCUCCACCGCCCUCCCCAUUCAGAAUGCCAGUGAGCCCUCAGAGAGGAGCGAGGCCCCAGCCACCAGCGAGGCCUCAGCGACGAGCGUGGCGGCCACCGGGGGCCGCCACUUCCACACCGGCCUCCAGAGGACCCCCACACCCAGUAGUGGUACGCCCACCACCACCACCCCAGGGAGUUCCAGCCCACAGGAGGAGGCCGGUGUGGAGACCACCGGGGGCCGCCACCGCUACCCAGGCCGGGAGGAGGAGGCCACGACACCAGUAGAGGAGGGGGCGAGGUCUACAGGUAGAAUAGGUAAUUCUACCCACCCCUCCUCUACUGGUUCAACACCACCUGAUGUUUCGCCUAGUUCUACCACACUCAUAUUAGUCACAUCCAUUUCCAUUUCCAUCUGCCUUAUCAUCACCAUCAUAUUUAUUGUCAUUAGAAGAAAACGCCACACUACCAUCCAUAGAUUACCUUCACCAAUACCAUUUACCCAGGAAUCCCCUAUCUAUACUCCACCUUCACCACCUUUAAGUAUUGACAUGUCAACGCCAUUACAUACACCCUCAUUGUUUUCAACCAGUACAUCAAGUUCAGAGAUAUCAUUGUUUGAUGUUUCAACGGUUCCUGCAGCAGCUUCUUCUAAACCAUAUUAUGAAGAACACUGUGAAAUGUCAACAUUUGGUAAUAUAAAUAGAAGGGUAACGAGAUCAAUGGUACAAAAGAAAAAAGAUUAAAUCAUUUUUUAUAACUCAGUUUUUUUGGGGAAGGGGGUGAUUUUUGGAAACUUUUUUAAUAGACUUAUUUUUUUUCUGGGGAUGGUGGGGGUAUUUUUUAGGAAAUUUUGUUUACAGACUCAAAUUUUUUUUAUUUUGGAAAUUUUGGGGUAAUUUUUUAUCUAAAAGUAAAGAUAAGCUACUGCAGGAACUGUCGAAACAUCAAAAUACAGAAUGUUAACAUUUAUUCUAUGAAGUAUUUAAAAAGAUUUGAUAGUUUUGCUACAUUAUUUGAAUUAUUUUGUUAACUUAACAAUAAGUAUACAUUGAAUUAUUUUUUUUGUAAGCUUUACAAUAAGUAUAUAUGUAUGGCUGAGUUUAACAAUAAGUAUACAUUUGAAUUAUUUUGUAAACUUAACAAUGAGUAGAUUUGUAUGGUUGUGUUAUGUAAUUACACGCCACUUUUUGUUUUACUAAAAUUUAAAAAAGGUAUAUAAUUAUACAUGGUGAUGUAUUUUUUUAAAAUAAAAUUAAGGAUGUGACUAAUUUGUAAAAACUAGGCGAAACAUCAGGUGUCAUUAUGUUAAAUUGAUUUUUUUAUGUUUUUUUAAUUUUGUUUUACAAAUUUUUACAUGUGCACAUUGAUGUGCC